AUGUUUCGUUUAGGUGUCAAUCAAGCUGUUCGUGCAGCUCCACGUGUCAGAAACUAUGCUACUUUACGUGAAAUUGAAAACCGUCUUAAGUCAAUUAAGAACAUUGAGAAGAUUACAAACACCAUGAAGAUUGUUGCUUCAACCAGAUUGAACAAAGCCCAAAGAGCCAUGCAAUCCUCACGUGUCUUUAACGAAAGUGAAAAGGAAUUCAAUGAAAAUGCCGAGCCAAAAGAUGCUGAAAAAUUAACACAAGAAGAUGCUUCUGCUUCAUCUACUCCAGAAAAGACUUUAUUGAUUGUUGUCUCUUCUGACAAGGGAUUGUGUGGAUCGAUUCAUACCCAAAUAUCUAAAGCAGCCAGAAAGAGAAGUGAAGAAUUGAACGGUAACGUUGAUAUUGUUGCCGUUGGAGACAAGGUUAAAGCUCAAUUAUCAAGAACCCACAACGACAAAUUGAAGUUGGCUUUUAACGGUAUUGGUAAAGAAGCUCCAAACUUUACUGAAGUUGCUUUGAUUGCUGACGAAAUUGCUAAAUUGGGUCACUAUGAAAACAUUGAGAUCCUCUACAACAAGUUUGUUUCCGGUGUUUCUUUUGAACCUUCAACUUUUGCCGUCUACUCGUCUGACAUUAUUCAAAAUGCUCCAGGUAUCAACAAAUACGAAUUCGAAGGUGAAGACCCAGUCAAGAGUUUGGCCGAAUUUUCAUUGGCCAACAACUUGUUGACUGCCAUGGCUGAAGGUUACGCUUCUGAAAUUUCUGCUAGAAGAAAUGCUAUGGACAAUGCGUCAAAGAAUGCUGGUGACAUGAUCAACAGUUACUCAAUCUUGUACAACAGAACUAGACAAGCUGUUAUCACCAACGAGUUAGUUGAUAUUAUUACUGGUGCAUCCUCUUUGGAAUAG